CAUGCCAUCAUAGUAAAUAGUAAUACACUAAUGUCUAAUACACUAUACACUUAUACAGUUACUCGUAAGACUUACCAUCCAGACCCCAAACAUUUUCAUUUGUAAGUUAUUGUAUUCUGUGAUCCAUGGAUCUGGAUUUUCUAUAAAAAAUACACAGUCGCUCCAAAAUACAAAUUACUGACUACAAUUGUCACGAAAUCAGCGCUGGGUAUAGGUAGAUGAAUAAACAUUGUUUGCAUUAAAAAUGAAUUCAACUGAAAAAAUUCUAAAAACAUUGAGUGCAGAUCAAAUUUCUCAAGUUGUUGCUGGUGUGCAAGCAGAUUUGGAUGAUGAAAUGGUUAAAACAAAACGAACACUAGAUCAAAUCGAUCAAAAUAUUUUCACUUGUAUCAACAAUUUAAAAAAACUUAGAAGAAGCAUCAUAAUAUCACAUUAUGCAAAAAUGAAAAAUAAUGCUGAUGGCAAUAAAAAUUGUCAAAGAGAUGCACUUCUCAAAAAUUUGGACUGCGAAGACGAAGCAAAAGACUUGAGUGUAUUUAUGACAAACCUAAGUAAUGUAUCAACACAAGUAACAACUGAGCCUGCAAGCAACAUAGAACUACUUAGCAAAAACAUCUCACAAAAUGCUUUGCCUUCUGGAUGCUUUAUUCCUAAGACUGGAUUAAUUGAUUUAACAUUUGUUAUUGGAAAUAUUGUUAAAAUAAGUGAUUCUGAAAAUGAAAUGAAAUACAAAUGGACUGUUUAUGUACGCAAUGCAGAAGAAGGAGUUGACAAUUUGGUUUAUAUUGACAAAGUGACAUAUUUCUUACAUGAAUCCUAUGAACCCAACCAUAUUGUAGAUGUAAUUAAAAAACCAUUUUCAUUAACAAGACAUGGAUGGGGGGAAUUUGUAAUUCGUUUACGUUUACACUUCAAAGGUAACAUGAAUGUCCAAACUGAUGUAUAUCAUAAACUGUGUCUGAAUAAAGACAUAACAGUUGGUAUUCCAAUGGUUGCUAAGGAGCAAACUGUUAAGUACAAAUUAUUGCUGCACAAAUAGUAGGUAUAUUUUUUAAUGUACAUUUAGUCUUUGUAAAUAUUGUGUAAAUAGAUAUAUGG